AUGGAUUUUACAAAACCUGAGACUGUGUUAAACCUACAAAACAUCAGAGAUGAGCUAGUUAAGAUGGAAGAUAGUAUUAUCUUCAAGUUUAUUGAAAGAUCACACUUUCCUGUAUGUGCCCCUGUCUAUGCACCAAACCAUCCAGAUUUGAAUAUACCUGAUUUUACAGGAUCUUUCUUGGAUUGGGCUUUACUACAGAUGGAAAUCACGCAUUCGAAACUACGGAGAUUUGAUUCGCCAGAUGAAACGCCAUUCUUCCCAAAUGAUAUUCAAGAGCCUAUCCUACCUAGAAUCAAUUACCCUAAGAUUCUUCAUGAAAAGGCAUCAAAACCAGUGAACUAUAAUGAAAAGAUCAAAAGCAUUUAUAUCAAAGAAAUCGUGCCCUUGAUCUCUAACUCAGAUGGUGAUUCAAAAGAAAACUACGGUAGUGUUGCCACGAGAGAUAUGGAAUGUUUGCAAAGUUUGAGUAGAAGGAUUCAUUUUGGUAAAUUCGUCGCAGAAGCAAAAUUCCAAUCGGACAUUGACCUGUACACCAAAAUGAUCAGGGAGAAGGAUGUAGAUGGCAUCAUGUCAAGCAUUACUAAUGCUGCAGUCGAAGAAAAGAUUUUGGAGAGACUAGUUAGAAAGGCAGAUGUUUACGGUGUUGAUCCAACAACUCCAGUAGACAGUUCUGAAAAAGUAAGAAGAAUCACGCCAGAAUAUCUUGUUAAAAUCUACAAAGAGAUUGUUAUUCCAAUUACUAAGGAAGUUGAAGUUGAUUACCUUUUGAGGCGCUUAGAUUGA